GAACGGCAGCAUGAAUGUGGCAAUGAACAAUUAGCACCGCCUCAUGUUGCAGGCAUGGACUCUUCCAUAUGAAAACUCGCCUAUUAUGCCAGCUUGCGAAAGACAAGCAGAUCUACUAGAGCUAGAUUGAUACACCACACGCCCUACGGUAACGAGCCAUGGCUUCCGCCGAAUCUUCUGAAAAGCCGACCCUCGGUGAAGCUUCAACUUCGACAACAACACAAUUCAAAAGACCAACUCCGAAGCACAAAUUCGAGGGACACGAGAAUGCUGUAUGGAGUUUCGUCUUCUUGCACGACAACGUCCACAUCGUGAGUGGUUCGUGGGACGGCACCAUGCGCAAGUGGAACUGUGACACAGGAUGUCUCGUCAGGAAACCAUGGAGAGGGAUGGGCGGAAGCAUACGGGCACUGGCGCUUUCGCCGGACGGCAAGACGAUUGCAUGCGGAAGGGAUGACGGAAGUAUCCAGCGGUGGACCACCGAUGGAGAGAUGAUCGAAAGUGUUUGGAUGGGUCAUAGCGACUGUGUGAGGUCACUUUCGUGGUCCCCCAGCGGAGACCAUAUUGCCAGCGGAUCUGACGAUGAAACAAUCCUGAUUCAAAAAAAAGAAAGUGGAAAAUUCGACGUUGGCCCGAUAUCGAUCAAGACGGAGCAGGAGUAUGUUUGCGCCCUUGCAUAUUCACCUUCCGGGGAUAAAAUCGCAUCAGGCGGGAGCGAUAAAACAAUUUGCAUCUGGCAUAGCAAGACUGGCAAGCUUGUUGUCGGUCACAUCGGAGGCCUGGGAUUGUGGGUGACGUCGGUGGCAUGGUCGACCGACAGCACUAAACUCUACACCGCGUCAGACAAAUUCGCACGUGUUUUCGACAGCGUCUCAGGAAUGCUACUCCAUCGCUUCGAGCACGACAAUUCACUUUAUUCCAUCGCACUUUCACCCAACAACAAUGUUCUGGCAUGUGUGGGCGUCCAGGGUAUAACUCGAUUAUGGGACACAGAGUCCCAUCAGCCACUCGGUCAGCCAUUUUGCCAGGAUCACGAAACUCUUUGCUGUGUUUCAUUCUCUCGAGACGGGAGAUAUGUAGCAUAUGGCGGAGACGACAGGAAACUCAUUCUCUGGAUGGUCAAAGACAUAGUGCCGGUCCUUGCAGCAUCCAUAAUUCAACAAGGUGAUAGAGAAGCUACAAAGCAGGAAACUCGGCCCGAGUCCCCAUCGUCGUCGUGCCUUGACGCUGAUGCUACGAACCCAUCGGGGGGUAAUGGCGUUACCGAGGAGGUGUGCGAUGAUCCAUACAACAACUUUUUCCAGUCUUCCCAAGCAUCUCUUCCUUCAGUAUCACCUGGUUUCCCUAAUCGUUCUGACUUGUCCCCGGUCCGCCGCUUCUGGAAUACCAUCUCUCGACACCGUCCAUCAGCAAACGAGUCCACUCCAGAAGCGUGCCCAAAACACAGUUUCUUCGCACGUCGUGCUCACUCAAACCCGCCCACAACCACCACACCCAACCAACCGACGCCAGAGGGGAGGGUUCGAGCAGGAGAAGAAGACAAAGAAAACGACCAGAAUGUUGAUUGUUCCACAAAUACUUCACUCGGUACCAAGGACAAAGGGAAACAACGCGACAAAUCUCCUGCCGAUUCGCACACCCCACUACCUGAUGACCCCACUCCCCCCCUCCCUGAGCUCGACAACGAAGGAAAUCAUAAUAUCUGGAAACGGCUGAUGCGAACUCGGGGGAAGGAUCAUGCCUCCGCCGGGAUGGCUCCAGCAAUGAAACGUCCUGAGGUCGUUGAAGUAUAUGCCGUGCGCGGAUUUCAGGGGUAUGUUGCAUUGACGCACAAAAAGAAGUCAAAGUUACCUGUGGCAAUGUGUAGCAUGCCUAUCACCGCAAGUGGUUCGUCACAGACGGUUCCAUCUGCACAAGGUGACUCUGCACAGGCAGGUGCAUCGUUGCAACUAGCAUCUGGACAGCCAGGGCCAUCACCACAAGCUACGGUUGCAAACAGUACUCAAUAUUUGCAAGUUGGCGGAGGUCCCGUGUCCCCAUCGCACUUCGUCACCACCUACCAUACCAGACAUGACUCAGAUUCACGCUCAAGCAUCGAAGGCACCUGCAACAGGUUCCUUGAUAAGAUUUGUUUCCCCUGUGGACACUUUCAUGAUUAAAUCUUUAUCAGUUCAUUUGUACUGGUGUUGUCGAUAUCUAUGUAGAGCAUUACACGCAGCCUUCUAUGCUGUACUGCAAGCAGCAUCUACCAUUAAACUGUCAUUUGGCGGCUGUUUUGAACAUUCUCGCCCAUCCUGAUAUCUGGCAAUCCCCUUGAUAUGUCACAAAACCCUUUCGAUGCGAAGUCAAUGUGCAACACCGUAAUUCAAUGGUACUUGGGUGAGAAUACACGAUUAUUUAAC